AUGCCUUGUGCCCAGGCCUAUUUCUGCGCAGCUACAACCCAAACCUGCCACACUGGAGAGGAGCAAACGCACUUCCUAACAAACUAUGUACAUCAUUCCAGGUUCAGCAGUGGCAUGCUGGAAUUCGCACUCCAUCUUGAUGACACUUAUGUGGCCCAGUUGGUUGGAGAAUCCAAGAACUUUGUUCAAGGGGCCAUGUUUGCGGAUGUGUCGCAUCACUCAGAUACUGCACCGCCUCAGGGCUUCGUGUUCUUUAGACAAGCCAGUCUUGUCUAUCUCCUAGAUUGUGGAACCCUGGAACAGAGAAUACUGUCAGAACUGAAAAGAGGGGUGUCUGGUCAAGGCAGACAGAGAGAGGUGCUCUCUGUUGUCUCCGCAGACAUUGUCGGACUGAUCAAGAAGUCCACGCUCUCAGCUCCUGACAACAUAUUCAACCUUCCCAACUGGUCAUUCGCUACAGAGCAAAGAUGCCUGCGAUUCUUUUCGGCUGACAAUCUUCGAAAGCUCUUGGGAUUGUACUGGGCGUCCUGGUACCCAAACAUCAAUUUAUUGCACCGAGCGAAUUUCGAAAGAAAUCCGCCCAAUUCGGUUCUAGUGGCAGUUCUGGCAGUUCUUGGUCUGCUCCUGCUUUCCUUUCACAAGUUUUCGCCAUUACUAGCAAGCCUCGCUGACCAUUUAGCAGGGGCCUACGUCUCUUCCGAUCCUGCAGACAACGAAGACGCCCGAUUCUGGUCUGGUCCUGUUGAACUGAUAGUUUUUCCACAUUCUUCUGUUAGAUAUCACGAGACUACUUCCUUCCGAGUUGAACAUUCAGGGUCUUCAGGCCGCACUCAUGAGGGCCCGCGAGGUGGGUUUCUACACAGCCAAGCAUCCGUCCUACGAUGA